CUGUCACCACAAAACUGACCCAAAACAGUGACGCCUCCUGUGCAUGUUUCUCAACACUUUUUUGUUGACUUGUGCGUACAAUUAUGCACUUUUGAUCGGCUUUACAACUCCUCCUUUUGGAUUUCAAAACAAAAGCACAAAAUCUGCGUCCCUCGACGGCCUCAUCCAUGCAUUGGAGUCCUGGGCCGCAACGCACCGGCUGCAGCCAUGGCGGCCAGGAACACCGCCGCUGGCGGCUGUGACCGAACGGAAGGCGAACCGGGAGAGAAUGUAAUUGUUGAGGAAAACCAAAUGACCUCCAUCUCUCUACCCAGUCUAAUGGCUCCGACCUCGAUGGUUGGCAUGUCCUUGGGCCUGGAAAUGCCCCGUAAACGAAAGGGCAGUGUGGACAACCAGGAAACUAAAUUGCCAUCCUUCUCAAGUGAAUAUAUGGAUGAGGACCAAAAUAGUUCUGAUGGAGAGGACCAACAUGCUAAAAUGAAAUGUUUUAGGGAACCACACAGCCAAAUUGAGAAAAGGAGACGGGACAAAAUGAACACGCUCAUUGACAAGCUGUCAGUCAUGAUUCCAACAUGUAACCCAAUGUCUCGUAAACUGGACAAACUCACUGUGCUCAGAAUGGCCGUGCAGCACCUCAAAUCCCUCAAAGGUUCCUCAAGCGCUUUUUCUGAACUCAACUGCAAGCCAUCAUUCCUGCCUGACGAGGAGCUCAAACACCUCGUCUUAAAGGCUGCGGAUGGCUUCCUGUUUGUAGUUGGCUGCGAUCGGGGGAAAAUUGUUUUUGUCUCUGAGUCCGUCUCGAAGAUAUUAAAUUAUAGUGGGGCAGAGCUGAUUGGACAGAGCUUCUUUGAUUAUGUACAUCCUAAAGACAUGGGAAAAGUAAAGGAGCAGCUGUCAGCGUCUGAACUGUACCCUCGUGAACGGCUAAUUGAUGCUAAAACUGGUCUGCAGGUGCAGGCAGACCUCCCGAUUGGAGCAGCACGAAUAUGUUCAGGCGCACGACGCUCUUUCUUCUACCGCAUGAAAUGUAACAAAAUAUCUGUCAAAGUUGAGGAGAAAGAAUUCCAGGCCAGCACCUCCAAAAAGAAAGAGUUACAGAAGUACUGCACAGUCCAUUGCACAGGCUACAUGCGCAGCUGGCCCUCAAGUCAGCUGGAAGCAGAGGGUGAGGGUGAUGCAGAGAAGCAGGAGAGCUCCCACUUCAGCUGUCUGGUCGCCGUGGGGCGCAUCCACUCCCACUUGUCUCCUCAAGUCAAUGGAGAUUUCCGGGUCAAACCCACCGAGUUCAUCACACGGUAUGCCAUGGAUGGCAAGUUCACCUUUGUCGACCAAAGAGCAACAACCAUUCUUGGUUAUCUUCCCCAAGAGUUGCUUGGGACUUCAUGCUAUGAAUACUUCCAUCAAGAUGACUUACCACAUUUAGCUGACCGGCAUCGAAAAGUGCUGCGGAGUAAAGAGAAAAUAGAGACAAAUCGCUACAAAUUCAAAACGAAAUAUGGCUCAUUUGUCACUCUGCAAAGUCAGUGGUUUAGUUUUGUAAACCCCUGGACCAAAGAAGUUGAAUAUAUUGUGUCAACCAAUACAGUUAUAUCGCAUGACCACAGUCGAACAAUCCGGUCAGGAAACAAGACUGAACAGUCAAACCCUUCAAAGGCUUUUGGAGAAGAUAGAAAGAAAUCUCUUCCAAUGAUACCAGGCAUCUCUACCACACCUGGCGUAUAUGCUGGAAGCAUCGGGACCCAGAUUGCCAAUGAGCUGCUUGACUUCCACAGAAUGAACUCAACGCCCUCCAGUGGUAGUGUGAGCCCGUUUAGUCUGCUACAGGACAAAUCUCCACUCACAGUUCACAAUCUAGUCAACAACAAUAUGCCAAAUGGUGAAGCCACAGAAAUGGAGAUCCCAGAGAAAUCGAGCUCAGAGGGUGACCCUAAAGGGGCUUUAUUCCCUGGAGAGGAGAAACUCAUGGGGGAGAACUCCCAGUUAGAUUUGGACAGCGUGGUUGAACCGGGCUUUGGGAAUCUUACCAAUGACGAGGCAGCUAUGGCCGUGAUCAUGAGACUUUUGGAGACAGACUCGAACUUGGGCGAAGCAGAGGACUUUGAAGAUAUGCACUGGUCCUUAUAGAAUCCACACUUGAAAAGCAAGACAGUGACACCAGGUUUUUAGUUUUUAAACCAAUCGUAUGAACUGUGCAGUCCUCAAAUGGCAAUAUGCAACCGUUUUGUCGGCGAAAAGGAACAUCUGCUCUUUCUCUGGAGGAGGUCAUGCGCCAAACUCGGCCUUACAGCAGUCUGCCUGCCAUGGAAAACCUUCAUCACAUUUACCUCUUUUCCACUACGGCUGUUUCAGAGUUGGUUCGGGUGGGUUCCAAAAGUUCCUGCAGAGAUUUUAUUUUCUGUUAUUAAGUGUGCUCAGCAAGAUAUGUUUUUUCUGAUUCUCGACUGUCUCCAAAAGCUUGUUGGGCGGAGUUACCUCCCGUCAUGGCCGGAUUUUAACCGUCCAAUUUUGCAAACAUUUUUCACUGCCAAUCACGAUGUCCGACAAACAGUGUAGUAAAUGAUGUUGAGUAUUAUUAAAAGUGAUUUUCACAGGCACAUUCUGUAAUAAUACAUUCGCUGUUAUUUUGGCCAUCAAAAGCGUGCUGCCGUGCCAUAGAAGGAAUGUGCUUCCACCGCUUACACACUAGAAACUUUGCUUUAUUCUAAGUUUUUCGUUUUAUUCACCCUCAUAUAACAUUUACUAUGUUUAUGGUUCAUAUAUUGGUGGCUGGAGAGAAAACUUUUAUUUGGAGCAGACCAUCACAGAGCUGUGUUACUGUGUGUUUGACCUAAUUUUACAUAACGUUUUCCUGUUUGCACUUAGUUUUUGUUUUUUUACGUGCUCAAAGUUAUGCACGUUUCUCUUAUUCGUAUUCUCUCAUCCAGCCUCCGUACACGCCCCAAAAGUACUUAAGUUUUGAAUGAAGGCGGGCUCAUUUUUAAUGAGGCGUAUUUGCUGUGACACCUUUUUUUGGUUGCAUGAAAAUUGUAGAACAUGGAGUUUUAAAUACCAGUUGUAAAUGUAAUUUAAAUCCAUGAAAAAGAUAACACUUUAAAUUUGAAAAGACUGUAUCCAUCCAGACAGUGCUUGUCAUGUGAACGUCUGUGUCGCCGUGGUAAUGUAGUGUGUGUAUGCACGCUUCAACAGCGUCUUCUACUUCCUGGCUGGUUGUGAAUAAUAAUCCCUAGAUAGAACUUUAUUUACUUAUUAUAACCAUCCUGAUGUAAUUUGUGGUGUUAAGAGUUAUGUUUCGUACAAAUGUUUGGGAAGCUGGGACGCGUCAGAGGGGCUUGAACAGCUUAUGUGUGUGUGUGUGUGUGUGUGUGCGUGCGUGUGCGUGCGACAGUUUGAUUUUAACUGUCAAAAAAUCAAUUGAUAGACGCCAUAUUUUAUACGUAUUUUCUAUAAAAUAGUCACAUAGUUCAAUAAUCACAGUCCUGACGCAUUGAAAUUCGGUUACGAUGUUCAAACACCACAGAUAUACGUUGUCUUCCGCUGUCACACUUACGAGACAACGAUGUGCAUUUCGAUUUAUGAUAGUUAAUAUAGAGUGACAUGAUGGUCAUUUCAUCUUCAUUUUAAUGGAUGUUUCCAGGUGUGUCAAUUGAAGCAAUCAGAAUGGAUUAGAUAGUUUUCUGGAAGUUUCGCUUAUCAUUUUAUUACAUGUGGUGUACACUGCAUCCCAACUUUAGGAGCAAUACAAUAAUUCACCUUCUGGAGGCGCUGAACUUAUUCCAGCCUCAGAAACAUGUAAGAACAAAAGUACUUAAAAGUAAACUGCACUUUUUUGGAAUUUUGCCUAUCGUUCACAAUGAUUAUGAGAGACAAGAAGACAGACAUACUCUACAAAGCACCAACAAUACUUCCAUUUACAUUUUCUAACUUCAAUUUUAACCAAGUAUUAGUGAUAUUGUUAUUAUAAGCUCUAACGCAGACAAACUAUUUUAGUGGCGCGUUGUCGAGAGAGCUAACUAGCUUGUUGCUGCUAUAUUGGCAUUAUGAGCUGGUAGACUGCUUUCUUGCCUCCGACCGUUUAUUUUCGAUCAUAAAUAAUGCCUCUUACCUUGAAAGUAGAAGGAUGAGGACAUAACCUGACAAGUUGGUCAACUUUGGCAUCCAAUUUAGACCCGGAAAUGGUGAAAAAGACGCUGGUAUCCACACUCUUUUUUCUUUGCGAAGAUUAUGACUCAUUCUUGAUUAAACUGGAAGAUAUAAAUAUUCCAUCAGUCGGCAUCCCAGUGACAGCAGACAGUGUACAGUAAGGGAUUGUUUAGUAUGCUUGUUGGCUAUCAUGAAGUCUGCAGUGAGUAGUAAUCAGGGAUGUUGACAAAUGAAAAAGCGAAAGUCAUGAUGCGCUUUUGAAGUUAAUGCAUCGCCGUAUGCUUUGAAUGAGCAAAAUGUGUAAAUAAUACAGGUUAUUUUGAAUGUGCCUGUUACUCAUUACAUAUAUACAUACAGUGUGUAUAUACAAACUUGAUGGAGGUGUUUGGAUGUUUUAAGCGCUUUAUAGGCAGAUUAGAGCGACUCCCACUAGCAUCAUUGUAAGCAGACUUUUGAUCUCAUUUAUUUACUAUUUAGAAUGCAUUAAAAAAAAAGAAAAAUCUAGGUGUGCUUGUCUUACAUAAUGAUUGUGAAUGAUGGGCAAAAUUCCCCCCAAAAGUGCAGUUCUCCUUUUAAGUUGACGAGAGAAUACGCUUAGGGCCAGGUUUGUCAGGGAAUGCCCACAUUUAAGAUUGCUCUACUCAAAGUAUGUGGAUGAAGGCGCGCAGCCAUGUCUGCGCAGUUGCACACUAUUUUUCACAUAAGCACGUGGGAGAAUAGGGAGUUACAUGAAUCGUACUGUACAUGCAAUAACACCUGGAGGUGUUUUUCAUUGAUUAAUUGGUACAUAAUGGGGAACUGCACUUUUUGGGGAAUUUUGUCAAUCAUUCACAAUCCCUAUGUGAGACAAGAACACAUGUUUUUUCUUUUUUUAUGCAUUCUAAUUCAUAAAAUUAGCAAGUAUGAGGUGGCUAAUAAUGCAGCCACUGUAAUGCCAUCCAUCCAUCCAUUUUCUACCGCUUGUCCCUUUUGUGAGAGCAGACAUUUUACAGUUGGUGCUUAUUUUAUUAUGUUCGUAGUUUGUAUUUCUCUUUUAGCGCUUAGCGAUACUGAUACUUAUCACUCAGCUUCUAAAACUUGGAACUCAUCCUCUGUAUAUUCAGGCUCAAAAAUAUAAGGUCUUGGAUCAUUAUUUGUCCCAAAGUAGUCCUUGUCUCAUAUGAAGUCUGCCAUGAUUAGUAGUAGUUAAUUUUGUUGUCGAGGGAAAUAGCUAACCUUGUGAUGUGUCUGUGUAAUUAAUACGCUACUGUAUGCUUAAAAUGACUAAGAUACAUAAAUACUACAUGUUGUUAUGAAAGUGUCUGUUACUGCAUUAUAUAUAUACCUAGUGUGUAUACAAAACGUAUUCGGAGUUUUUCAGAGCGAUUCAUACAAGAAAUACAUCGAAACCCAUUUUACCCAUUGUUAGCUGACUUUUGUUAGCAUUUAUUUACGAGUUAGAAUGCAUAAAAAAAGAAAAACGUGUGCUUGUCUCACAUAAGAAUUGUGAAUGAUAGGCAACAUUCUAGAAGUGCAGUUUCCCUUUAAAUACUGUGAUAUAAUGGCAUGGUUUUCCAGAAUGGUGAAAUGGGGUGGUGUGCUUUGAACUGCAUCGCCUCCGAACUAACCGGUCAUUAGCACCAAAGUUGGCUAUAGUGGAAAAGGAGUGACAGUCAUUUAGUGAGGACUAACACAGUUGGAGAAUCUUAGUGGUUUGGCAGUCCCACUUAUACUUGAACAGAGGACAGGAAUAAUGCAACAAAAUGCACUGAAUCAACUUGCUGUUUUUUUGUUGUCAUUUUUUUUACGGUGUACUUUAAAAGUGUCUGUGAACCCUGCCCUCUAUACCCGCUUCUCAGACCAUUUGCACGGUUCAGCAGCCAUUUUUUUAAAUCAUGAGACCUUAUGGUUUUGUGAGCAUAAUAGCACUUAAAUAGACAUUUAAAGCCAAUGACUACACAAUCACCUCACACCUGUUAAAUUAUAGUUUUUUGUCUGAGUGAUAUAGCAGUAGAAAAUGUGACUACUCAGGAGAUGGUGGAUAAAAGCCACCAGAUUUAAACAUACAGUAUAGUGACGCAGUUCUUAGUAGCAGUAGUUAACAUAGUUCCCUACUUUUUGUAACCUGAAAUAUGUUUUGGUUCACAUGUGCAACAGUGUACUUACGGUCUGUUUCAUAGUGUCCCGAAAGGAUAGAGUUUAGAUGUUUAUUCAUGUUAUUUUCAAUGGCAGUCAUCCAUGCAUAGAUUUUAGGGUUAUAUUAUGCAGUCGUCAUUCCAUAAAUGUUGAAAGUAGGCCCUAUUUUCCCAGGCUUACUCCCCAUAUCAAGCAGGUACAUUUGUUGCUGUACCGUGAUUUACAUUUGAAUGAGUCCUUCACUUGCAGUCAUCCUGUUGCCAUUCUUACCUCAUCUUGUAUCACAAUAAAGACUGACCUGCAUGUACGCAGUGAAGUAAAUGGGCUCAAAAGGAGCUUUAUGACAGUAUGUCAACUCUGAAUAUGUAUACUAAAGUAUUAGGUUAUAUAGAUUAGAUAUAUAUUCAUCCGGAAGAACAUUUGUGAGAGGUCACUAAUUCUUAUUCAUCCCAAAGGUUUUAAGAGCUUGGAUUUGUUGUUUGAAGUUUCAUAUAUAAUGUGUUAAGACUAUAUAUACAUGUUAAAUGGUACCCUAAUGAUGAAAAGUAGAAUUUAUAUUUCUACAUGAUUUAAAGGAACGUAUUGCAUUAUAAUGUGUUUUAAAAGAAAUGUGUUCCACACCAAUAUGUGAUAUUGUAACCUUCAUUUGUCAUGAUAAAAUGAGUGCAUGAAAUCAAGAAUACACAUAGACUUUAUUGAGCACCCACUCAGUUAACUGACACCAAUUUGGCCACACUGAAUUGAGAGUAAUAUAAAUCCAUGCUGCCAUUUUUUCCUAUUGGUAUCUCUUAAGGUUUUAUAAUAACAUCUGUGUAUAAAUCAUGAUCUGAAGAAUGAUGUCUUUCCUGUCAUAUGCUUGAAAUAUGAUGUGUCCACGGAUGGAGCAUCUUACCUCACGGACGCUCUCGCUUGUGUCCAAAGUGCCUUUGGACGUUUCCGCCAUGACACACGAUAAGCAUGUUUGUGAUUUUUUUUCUUCUUUAAUUGUUUUUUUUUUUUUGUUACACUUCACCUAACUGAAAGGAGAGGGCAUCUUGUACUACGUUCAAAUGCAUUUUUGGACCCAACUUGACACCAUGUGGCACAAUUUAUUGACUGCAUUAACUAUCUGACCAAACUUGGGGAACAGGCCAGCUUUUCACAGACACAGGCUGUCUAUCACUAUCCGUUUUCUAUUAUCUGUCUGUGUUUUCUAUUUGGAUUCAAUUAUCGUCCUGUUGUAGUUCUACAUUUCUGAUGUAUUGUGGGUGCUUACACUAAAGCUUCUUUUGUGAAUAACCAACCAUCCAGGAAGAUGUCAUUCUUUGCCUCAUACUCUUUUUGAACUGAAACGGUAACAUUUCUGUUUUCAUUUGCAUGCCACUUACAAUACUCUUUAACUGGCACUUGUGUGCCUUGAUACAGUUGACUGCCCAUGCACAGGAAGUAGAACGCUGACCUUUUGAGCUUGAAUUUAACACUCGUUGAAACUUCUUUCAGCCACUUCCUGCCACUCUGACUCAAGCGGAAGCCCUUACUGUAUUGUUCCAUGUUGCUGCUACAAUGAACUGAUGUCUCUGGCCAUCUUGUCAAUAAAUGUUAGUUUACUCUCAAUGUACUGUGACCUGAAUUUGACAUGAUUUA